AGCGGGUGCAGGUUUCACAUACACACACACGCACUGCACACAUGCAGCAUGCUCAGAAUGACACAGCCCAGUACAGUACUGAGCAUUUUUGCCAUGUUUCUUCACACCGCUUUUGGGGAAAGUGGUUGCACCUCAGCAGACGGUGAUGGGACUCUUGGAGACGAUGAACCAGACAAUUUUGACAUUGAUUGCUUCAGCCAGCUGGACGUUAAGGACCCCUUUAGCAGCCUGACCUGCAAUUUUACUGAGAUGCCUCCUCACAACACUAACUAUACCCUGUCUCUGUGUACCAAGGAAGACAGUAAGUACACGUGUGACAACAUGAAGAAACAGGAAGAUGCAUACUUCUUACAAUUCACUGAUAUACUCUCAAACAGAGACCUUUGCAUGUUCUCUGAGACAAAGAGGAAGGUCUGCAGGAGCCUGGUUGUGACUCACAUUGUUAAGCCUGAAGCCCCAUUUGCUAUAAACAUCACUUAUCAAAGGGAGGCAAAUGAGUAUCUGAUUCGUUACCGUACACCACACUCGGAGAAGAAAUACCUAGAGGGGAAAUUAAUUCACCAAGUAGCCUAUCGGCAGAAAGAAGGUACUUGGAAGACAAUAGAGUCGCCACACCAUCACGUAAGAUUAUUGGGACAAAACCUCGAAAAUAAUGCAUCAUAUGAGGUGAAAGUACGUUCACAACCCAACGGAAAAUUUUUUAAGGGCACAUGGAGUGAGUGGAGCAUUUCCAAGAGCUUCAGGACAGCAAGAGAGCAGCACUCCACAGAGAGCUAUAGCAGCGUGGUCAUGAUUAUAUUCUCCAUCCUGGGACUCAUGCUGUGCAUUGUUAUGAUUGCAUUGAUCAUAACUUUUUGGGAAAACAGGAUCAAGCCUGCUGUGUGGCCAAAUCUUCCUGAUCAUAAAAAAACACUGGAGAAACUAUGCAAGAAGCCAAAAAACAAUUUUGAUAUAAGCUUUAACCCAGAGAGUUUUGGUUAUGUUCUUAUCCAUAAAGUGGACGGUAUUCGGGCAAAAGCUGAACUGGAAAAUUUCCUGCAGCCAUCAAUUUCUCCAGAGACAAGCCUUCCAGAAAAAUUCAGGAGGGGAUCAGACCUGAAGAUGACACCUGUGAUGACAGACAAAAGCAACCUAAACCUGUCUGUGACUUACGGAGGCAUCUGUCUGGCUGAGGCCCCGCACAGACUCUUGGGCAUAAGCCCGUUGGCAGUCACGGAAGAAAACUGCAGCUCCAGCACUUAUGAGGUGUGCCACGGCAACAGGGUGCCCCUGCACAACAGUGGAGGUUCCAACCUUUCCUCUGCUCCUCCCCUGGAUCCCUCUGGCCAACCCCAUCCAGAGCCCACAGAGGAUGACACUGUAUCCCAGAUGCUGCCUAACAGUGAAAUGAGAUCACCAAACAACGAGGAAGCCUACGUAACAAUGUCCAGCUUCUACAAAAUUCAGUAAACCUCGCAAGAACCACGUGUCUUUUUCUUUUCUCUAACAGAAGCAGGACACUUGAGCUUUCUGUUUUGUUUUCCUGUAUCCUGUGAGUUCCCACCUCCUCCACUCACCCUGCUCACAGUGCAAUGCCAUAUCUGCAAGAAAGUGGGUUCUCCUACAUUCCAGCUAGAAGUAGCCUAACUUCAGCACUCAGUAUGCUGCUAGCAGUCUCCACUGCAGCAGAAACUAAAUUUAAUUCAACCUGACUUUAAUCUUCAAAUCUGAUUAAUCCAGAGCAACAAUAGUGCAGUCCCAGCUGAGGACCACAGCAUGUCUUGUAAAAGUCAACGGAUUCUUCUGUUACUCUCCUGGUUACAGAGCUAAGCUCUUAUUAAUGCCUAAGCAAGAAAUAUGGCAAGAAAUUCAAGUUAAACAGAACGCAAUCCCUUUAAACAGUAGUAAGUCGAGGGUAAUUCCUCUGCAGUCAGUGUAAAUCAAUGAGUUUGCAAAAAGACAGUAAAUCAGGGUUGCUAUCAAGCGUUAGCUGCCUGGGGAUUCAGAAGUUUGAACAGCACAAAUGGAUUUAGCAGAGUCCUCAGGAGAAAUGGUACCUGGACCCACUUCAGAAAGAUGUUUUCUGAGGCUGAUUUAGUUGGGGGGUUUUUUUUGGGA